GCUUUGAAGCAAUAAUGCAUUAUUAUUUCUUUGAUGGUGCUAACUUUAAUUGCGUAAAUUUUGAUCCUCCAAUGGUAGAAUAGAAUGGGAAGCUGACACCGGUUCCCCUCACCCCACAUAGCAAGCGUGCAGUACUCACACUGUAUUAAUAACUGUUUGCUGCAGCAUUUUCCCCCUAGAGUGACUGUUUCUUUAAAUGCCCAUUGUGUGAUAUUUGUCUCCUAAUAAGUGAUCUCAUUUUUAUAAUGUCUCCCUACUUCCCCCCAUUUUGUGGAAGUGGACAGUUUUAUCUAAUCGAAGCACACUUCCCGUGUUCACUGCCAUUAAAGCACCUCCCAGAAUUAGUGGAGAAAGCAAAAAAUUGCAAGCUGUGGCAGCCAGUGUGAUCUGGAAGAAGCUCACAGCAGGCCAGGCAGCUGUGUGAGUGCAGUGAAACUCACUGGGAAAGGAAAAUGAAGCUCUGCAUUUUCUUGAUGUUUUUCAUCAGAGUUCACUGCCAGCAUGCUGUAAAUUUCUUCGUUCACAAUGAAGAAGCCAGUUUUAAUGAUGCUUUUAUUAUGUGUCAAGACUCUGGAUUUCUGACAGACAUGAGUAGCAUGGAAGAAGUUAAGAGCGGCAUUCUUCCAGCUGUGUCCCGCGCACUGCAUUCGAAGGGGAAUUUCAGUUUCUGGAUCGGUCUGAAGAAAUUCAAAGUGCAAUGUUUCGAAAAAGGACAGCCUUUGUUUGGAUUUGUGUGGACGGUAAACAACAGUUCCCUGUCAGAUGUUAAAAAAUGGAGGUACCAACCUAGACAAACCUGCUUAAACAUAUUGUGUGGAUCACUGUCUGUGGAGUACAGCGGAAACAGCAUUACUGACUGGGGGUUUGAGGAGAAAAAAUGUAACACGAAACAAAAGUUUGUUUGUAAGAAGGUCUCGGAAGAAAGAAGUACAAAUCCUGACAAAAAUGGAACCUCAAAUAAAGGAAGAGCCGGUUUGCUUCCCAGAACUAACCCCACAGAUUCCUCUGAUUUCAUUCUGUCUGUACAGCCUCCUGUGAAGAACAAUACUCCAUCCACCACUACUCUGAGAAUGGUCACAGCCGUUGAGUCCAGUGAGAUUCAGCACAGCAAACUUAGUGUUUUCAUGCCUGUGUUGAUAGGGCUGUCAGUACUGGUUCUUUUGGUGAUUGUCAUCUUGGUCAUUGUCAAAUGCUGCCUCAUCAGGAGGACGAAGAACUGCAAGGGGAAAAAGGGGCCCAAGGGGCCCAAGUCCAAAGAGUCGGUUGAUCUAAAAGAGAGAGAUUCUGAGGAGCAGUUGAACGAAAAAGACAUCUUAAGAAGCUGAAAAAACAGACCUGAGCUGAGAAGCUUAUUCAUGGGUCCCACUGUCAAGAGGGGAGGAGGCAGAUAGAUGUUUGCAGCUGCUUCAUCAUCUUUAUCAUCGCCAUGGCAAUCCCAAGCAGCAUGCUUAUCCUGACAUAUUUCAGAGACAUGUCCUGCCAAGGCGACUGCAGAUUAGGCAGUUCUUCAUUUUUCUGCAAGAUAAUGACCCAAACACACACAAUUGUUCAAGAAGAGGGGAAGAUGGAAACUGAAGGACAAUUCAAACUGAUGACCUGGCCAGGCUCCAAACCUCAUUCCCAAAAAGGUGUAUGGGCUGAGCUGGCCUGAAGAGUCACAGCAAAGCAACCUACAGGCAGCCUGAGACUCCGGGAACCACUGAAGCUGAGCAGGGGGAAAUGCAUCAGGAGACUCCACGAUGAAAUUUGCUUCAUGUUUGUGAAGCUGUUAACCAGCCAAUUGGUGGUUAUUUUGAGGAAUACAAGACUUAGAAACAAUUAAAAAUUUCCAUGACUACUGCUUUAGCAUUCCUUAUGUUUUUUAUAUCUUAAUGUGCUUUUUAACUUUUCUAGCAGAUGUACUCAAAAUUUUCACUGGUACUAUGCAUCUAGCUCAAUGAGUCUGUAUAAAACUCAUACCAUUCAAACAGCUGGUGUUAUUGCUUGUCAAAAAGGUGUUUCACAAAAUAUUUCAUGUUUCAAGAAUCUCCAGGCAUUUCUGCAUUUUUCCAGUACUGAUCAGGCUUAUCUUCCUUUCGGUAAAUAUUUGUUUAUUUACUUUUGCUUGGAACAGAAUGACUACUGUACAUAUUGUGCCAGCAAGCGAUGUUCUAACUAAGCAACCAAGAAGUGUAAAAUAAUGUAAAAUAAAAAUGUAUAUUACAACACACA